AUGGGCAAGAAAAACAAGAAGACCGCCGAGCACAAAGAGCGUGUCGCGGCCAAGCAGUCCAAGAAGACCGCGCAGAAGGAAAAACGCACCAAGACCAAGGGCAAAGAUGCAGACAGCGACGUCGAAGAUGCGGACCUGGACGCCAUUCUUGCCCAGUACGCCGAAGAGCAGACCAAAUUCUUGAAGGUCACCGAGGUGGUCUCGGAGCCACCAAAGCCGCGGUCAUCGGCGGCGGUGCUGGCGUCUCCAUCAAACCGGAAUGAGCUGCUGCUCUUUGGAGGCGAGUACUUUGACGGGACUCAUGCUACGUUUUUCAAUAACCUCUUUGUCUACCUGAUUGAUCGGGGUGAGUGGAGGGAGGUGACUAGCCCUAACAGUCCACUUCCUCGAAGUGGUCAUGCCUGGUGCCGGGGUGGGAAUACCGGUGGUAUAUACUUGUUCGGAGGGGAGUUUUCAUCGCCGAAACAAGGCACCUUCUAUCACUACAAUGACUUCUGGCACUUGGAUCCGGCCACCAGAGAGUGGACUCGCCUUGAGACCAAAGGAAAGGGACCACCCGCUAGAAGUGGCCAUCGAAUGACUUAUUACAAGAAUUACAUUAUCUUGUUUGGUGGUUUCCAAGAUACCUCGCAACAGACCAAGUACCUACAGGACUUGUGGAUCUACGAUUGCCAGAGAUACACCUGGUUCAACCCGACGUUGACUAUUGCAUCACAAAAGCCGGAUCCGCGCUCGUCAUUCAGUCUGCUGCCCCAUGAGACGGGUGCCGUUUUGUAUGGCGGAUAUUCGCGAGUCAAGGCCUCCGUCAGCGUAGGGGGCAAGCAGGUGAAGGGUGGUCCUCAAAAAAUGACCCUCCGACCCAUGGUCCACCAAGAUACUUGGUUUCUCAGAAUUACCCCACCUGAAUCUGAUGCAGCGGCUUCAGCGGGCCCUGCCGUCCGCUGGGAGCGAAGAAAGAAGCCCGCCAAUACGCCCAACCCGGCGCGUGCUGGCACUACCAUGGCGUACCACAAAGGACGAGGGAUUAUGUUCGGUGGUGUUCACGAUGUGGAGCUGAGCGAAGAGGGAAUUGAUAGCGAGUUCUUCGACACUCUCUUUGCCUGGAACACCGACAGGAACCGCUUUUUCCCCUUGAGUUUGCGCCGGCCCCGUGCGCCGGGCAAGAAACAGCAGGCAAACCAGGCCAUGAAGUCUCGCGACCGAACCAAGGCGGAUGAGGAGGAGCUGCUGAAUAAUCUGAAGGCUCUGGAAGCCAAGGGUGGAAUCUGCGGCGAUGAUGAAGACGAGGACCUGCAAUCAAGCACGCCACAAGUCGAGGAGCCUGUGGAGCCCACUAAACCGGCUGUGGUUCGCUUUGAGAUGCCCCAUAGGCGGUUUAAUGCCCAACUCGCGGUGCAGGAUGACACGCUUUUCGUCUAUGGUGGCACGUUCGAGAAGGGAGACCGAGAAUUCACCUUCGACGACAUGUACUCCAUUGAUCUGGUCAAACUCGACGGCGUCAAGGAGAUUUUCUAUAGGGAGCCCGAGAACUGGAAUCUUAUGAUGGAGGAUGAAGACAGUGAUGAAGAGAUGGAGGACGACGAAGAAGGAAUGGAGGACGAUGAAGAAGAAGAAGAUGCUAUGUCUCUUGACACCUCUUCACCUGCUCCAACAGAUAUGACGGUGCCGUCGGUGACCAAGGAGAUGGAGCAACUUGAGGUAGAGGAGCAAGAGACAGAACCUGUGGAUGACAGCAAACCUCUCCCACGUCCAUUUGAGAGCCUUCGGGAAUUCUUCACUCGUACUUCGGAAGAGUGGCAGAAGGUCUUGAUUGACACCAUGAGACAGAGAGAGCAGUCCGCCGAAAAGACGAUCAAGGAAUUGCGAAAGGCAGCCUUUGACAUGGCGGAAGAAAAGUGGUGGGACAGCCGCGAGGAGAUCAUGGCCCUCGAGGACGAACAAGAAGCCGCGGGCAUUGGAGAGGUCGUCAGCAUGGCAGACCGAGCUGAGAAUGUGGGAGGAGCUGGCCGUCGCCGAUGA